ACAAAAGAACCACAAAAAAAGGGACACAAAGACCUCACAUCAAGCUUUGCGGCUGGAAAGAAGACUUAAAAAUAGUGUUCAAAGAGAGCACUUCUUAGGAUAGACUGCAAAAUGACCAACUUUACAGAUGAAGACCUGGACAACUAUUUGCAAAAUCAGGUGGAUCUCAGGCAUCGUCAGGUUUCAAAGUCCGUAGAAGAUGUGCAAAAAAUCAUAAAAGAUCUUACAGCUGAGGUCAGCUCGAAGGAUGCUCGUUUCCAGUCCAUUGCAAACUCUGGAGUGCAUAAUGCCAGCCUCAAAGACCAGCCAGCUUUAGUGUCAAAAUGGUCUGCAUUACUCAGAGGAAGAUGUGCAUACAACCCUGCCAUCCAAGUGCUCACCCCAACUCUGUUCCUGAUUUCAGUGCCCCUACAGGGUCUGAUGGGUUAUAAGGAGAGGCGCACGCGUCAGUGGCGUUACUACACACUGAGCGGGUCUCGUCUCCUCUCACCGGUCCGUGAGCCAGAGAAGCUCCACCAGUGGCUGGAGCUAGAGAGUUUCGUCAAUCCGAAUCAGGAGUGGCAUGAUGCCCGCAUGAUCAUUGAGGGUGAUAUUGUGCCAGCAAAGGUGGUGAACGUCUUCAAAGAGCAUCUGGAGGCAUCCAUAAAGACCUGUGGUCUAACAAGUAAGGUGAGUAUGCUGGAAUCAGUCGGGUCAGUGGUGCGUGUUGCUGUGGAAACAUCAGAGGCACAAAUUGAGGUGGAAUUGGUUCCUACAGUGGAGCUAAUGAACUACUGGCCAAAGAGAGCUAGGUGGCCUCGUCUUUUUCGAAGAUGGCCCUCCACAGAACGGGCUCGCUGUAUUAAGUCAUUUGGAUUCAAUCUAAUGGCCACAUCAAACUACCACUGGCUGCUGUCAUUCUCACGGGCAGAGCAGGUGCUGCUGAGCAAUAUAGAUGAGGACGGCGGCUGCCGCAGGAAGUGUUAUCGGGUGGUCAGACAGCUCAAGGAGGACGUCUGGUGUCCUGGAAGCAAACCUGUCAUUACUGCCUACCACCUACAGACACUGCUUUUCUGGACAUGUGAGAAGUACCCCUGCACCAGGGACUGGAGAGACUUCAGAGGAUGUGUAUUACGGCUGGUGCAGAAGCUGUAUAAGUGUGUUAGCCAGCAUUAUCUCCGACAUUACUUUGUACGAUCCCACAACCUCCUGAAAUACAGCAAUACUAAUGAGCUUGAUGACGUUGCAAAGAAAAUCAAUAAUUUCCUGGACAACCCUGGAACAUAUGUUCAUUAGAAGCUUCCUGUAUGGGUUAGAUGGCAUAGAUCUAUGUUAGCUGUGCUCCGUUCUGACUGCAUCAUAUUGAUGAGAUCAUCAUGGUAAUAGGCCGUGGUUGGCUAAGUAAGUAUGAGUGCAUUUCCUUCUUAUGUCUGUCUGAUCCUGAAACUUUCACCAGAAUUAUGUAUUGUAU